AUGUCCGCGACUGAUAACGAGGAAGAAAAGAAGAAAGAAAAAGACGAAGUGGACGAACUCGUCGAGUUUUUGUCGGACAAGCGUUCGGAUGUGAGAAAAGAAGCCGCCACCAUCGUCGCCGGCUUAACCGGCACGGACGAUGGCUUACAAACCUUGACUGAUAAAAGAGAAACUUUAAUCUCUCAUUUGCUUCAUUUGUUAGGGAAAGAUCCCCCGGAAUCUACCCCAUCCGCUCAGGCGCUGAUCAACUUGACCGGACACUCCUUGGAAGUCGUCUCGUUGGCGGUGAACAAAGGUGCCGUAGAAAGAUGCAUAGAUUUUAUUAAAGAUGGCGAGUGCGCACCCGUGGAUUUACUCCUGUCGCUCUUAGCCAACAUAACGAAAGCAGAAGGUGGUGUACACGUUCUUUCUCAAGAAGGUAAACCACUGGAAGGAUUUUACAUCCAAAGACUCGUGCAGUUGUUAGUCAGCGGGAAGCCUCAAGAGACGUACGCGCAAGCGGCGAGCGUUUUAUGCAACGUCUCCAGGCAUCCCAUAGGAAGAAAAGUGAUUCUCGAUCGAAAAGGGUCCAUAGUCAAUCUAGUUACUCCGAUGUUAGCAUCCACGUGCGAUAUUAGAAGAGAGCGUAUCGCGGCGACCAUACAAAACUUGUGUUGCGACUCGGAAUCUAGAAAAAAACUCUUAGCGUUGGACUCGGAAGAAACGCCUAUUGUGAAAGCACUUCUUCGACCAAUAAGUGGUGCCAAAGUGAAUAAAGAACUUUCCGAUAACGUUAGGCGCGGCUGUGCGGGUGCAAUUUUACUAUUAGCUAAAGAGGCGGAGGGAAGAGAGAUCAUGAAGAAGCUCGAUGCUCCCGUUUUGUUGAAGCAAGGUUAUGAGCUGGAAGAAGAAUCGGACGUUUGUGACGCGUUGGAACAGACCGGGGACGUGUUCUUAAAACACGGGAUGGUCCCGGACGAUAUGGUUCCAAAAGACGUAUCCGCUGAGGUCAUUCCUGAAGGAGAAGAAGGAGAAGAAGAAGAAUUACCGCCGCUCAUAAUGGGUUUGAAAAAUUCAAGUUUGAAUCAAGUCGAUUGA